CUCUAAAUAGAAUAUGACCCAGAAAGAAAAAGACUAGUUUCCUUCUUGGACAGCCUGUUCUAAUCGGCAACCAAGAAAAUAAUUUUCUUUCCGUCCAUGGCUUCCCUGUCAACUCGUGUCAGGAACUAUGAUGUCUUCCUCAGCUUCCGAGGGGAAGACACUCGGCGCACUAUCGUCAGCUAUUUGUACGAAGCUCUUUGUCGUGAAGGUAUCAUUACUUUUAGGGACGAUCGGAGGUUGGAGGCAGGUGACAACAUUUCAGACCAGCUUAUCGAAGCCCUAAAGACUUCGUGGUUCGCUGUUGUAGUCAUCUCAAAGAACUACGCUACCUCGAAAUGGUGCUUGGAGGAGCUUCGACUGAUAAUGGAGCUUCACGGUGCCAAUCAUAUUCAAGUUGUUCCUAUGUUCUACGAAGUCGAACCUACGGACGUGAGAAACCAGACAGGAAGCUUCGCGGCUGCGUUUCAAAAUUUCGAAGAUCUACAUACGGUGCCAGAGAGGGUUUCCCAAUGGAGAAGAGCUCUCAACCAAGUCAGUCAUCUCUCAGGCUUUCAUUCCACCACAUGGGAGGAUGAGGCAGCAAUGGUAGCCAAGACAGUUCAAAGUGUCUCAAGUGGACUGCUGAAGAUGAGGCCGACCAGUGGGGUCGAUUUAGUUGGGAUGGAAGCACACAUGGUGAAGAUGCAUUUCCUUUUGAAUAUGGGGUCUACAAAUGAGGUUCUCAUGAUAGGAAUAUGGGGCAUGGGAGGCGUAGGCAAAACCACCAUUGCCAAGUGUCUCUAUGAACGAUUUUCACGUAAAUUUCCAGCUCAUUAUUUCAUUGAAGACAUUAAGAAGGUUUAUAAGGACAAGAGUCCAUCCUACUUACAGGAAACUUUCCUCUACAAAAUCACUGGUCAACAAAUUGAUUCUCAAAGGGUUGUAGCAGGAUCUCAGGUAAUAAAGGCAAGACUCGAGCACCAGAAAGUACUUGUGGUGCUUGAUGGUUUGGAUAAAGUGGAGCAGAUGCAUGCACUGGCAAAAGAGACGAGCUGGUUCGGUCGAGGGAGCCGAAUCAUCAUAACCACACAGGACAGGGGUCUGCUUACUUCCUGUGGAGUAAACCAUGUACAUGAGGUUAAGUGCUUGGACGAUAAGGAUGCCCUCAAAGUAUUUAAACAAUCAGUUUUCGGAGGAAGAAGGCCUCCUUCUGAUGAAUUUGAGCAACUCUUCAUCAGAGCCUCUCGUCUGGCUCACGGCCUUCCCUCUGCCCUCGUGGCUUAUGCCUUACAUCUUAGUGAAAACACUACCAUAGAGAGAUGGGAAGAUGAAUUACGUCUCCUUGAAACAUCACCUCAUAAGAAUGUUGAGGAGAUCCUCAGAAAUAGCUAUGAUGGUUUAGAUAACAAUGACAAGAUUGCUUUCCUUCAUGUUGCAUGUCUCCUUAACGGAUACCCUUUCAACCAUGUCACUUCCCUUCUUGAUGCUGGUUCUCCUCGGAUAAAUCAUUUAAGUAAGAAGUCUCUCAUAAGCAUAUCAACAGAUGGAUGCAUAAACAUGCAUUUCUUGGUCGUACAAACAGGCAAGGAAAUUGUGCGCCAAGAAUGUGAGUAUAGACCUUUCAGACAAAGGUUCCUAUGGGAUGCUGAUGAUAUCUAUAAUGUCCUCGAUAACAAAAUAGGUACGAACGAAACUGAUGGUGUGAUGCUACACAUGUGUAAGAUGCAUGAUAAGUUAACUAUGAGUGAUACAGCAUUUGAUGGCAUGCGUAGUAUCAAGUUUCUCAAGUUCUUCCACCACUUGUGUGAUACAAAGUCUAACUUGGAGCUCAAAUCAUCCGAGUUUUAUUUUCCCCCAAAUCUUAGGCUACUACAUUGGGAUGCCUGUCCGUUGGAAACCUUACAAUCCAGGUUCCGAGACCUUGUUGAAGUCAAUCUUCGAUACAGCAACCUCAAGAGUCUUUGGGAUGACACGUCGAUCCUUCGUAGUCUAGAAAGACUAGAUGUGACAGGCUCGAAGAAUCUGAUACAACUUCCCAAUCUUUCAACAGCCGUGAACUUCGAGGAAUUGAGAGUAGAAGGGUGCAAGAGGCUACAGAAAAUUCCGGAGUCCCUAAAGGGCUUACUCAAGCUCACAAAACUCAACGCAAGCCACUGUGAUAGCCUUAUGAGUAUUUUGAUAAGCUUUCCUAAUAAGGAAGCGAGUUUGGGUUGUCUUAAAGAUCUAUCCAUCGACGGUCAAAUAGACUUAAAUUUAUGGGGCCUAUACGGAUUUGCAGAGCACAUCUCCUUUAGGUCCAAACAACAAAUCCUGGAUGAAUCGGUGAUGAUGGAAGAGAGCACAUCUCAUCAGCUCACGUCAGAUCCCAAGGGAUUCCAUUCACUCAACAUCAAGAAGUCCAGGUACACAGAGUCCAACGCUCCUUUCACCUGUCACAGCUUUUCAGGCUUUACCGGUUUAACAGAGCUAAAGCUGGUCAACUUGAACAUUAAAGAAAUCCCAUACAACAUUGAUUGCUUGCUAAACCUAGAGAAACUGGACCUCAGUGGAAAUGAUUUUGUGUCCCUACCCUACACCAUGGGAAAACUGCCCAAGUUGAAGUAUGUCAGCCUUUAUAACUGCCGCAGAAUCAUAUCACUACCAGAACUUGCUCAGGUGAAGACGCUAAUGCUUUCUAAAUGCGUGAACCUCCGAUCGUUUAUGACAAUUUAUCCACGGGAAACAUACUGCUUGCUUGAGCUUUGGCUUGAUAACUGCAAGCAUGUUCAAGUUUUGUCAAAAAAACUCAGUCAGUUCACCAAGUUAACAUAUUUAGACCUCAGCAGGCAUGACUUUGUCAGACUGCCUCAAAGUAUCAGGGUGCUUACAUCCUUGGAAACUUUCUACCUCAACAACUGCAAGAAACUCAAAUCAGUGGAGGAGCUUCCACAAAGCGUCAACUAUCUCUACGCACACAGCUGCGAUUCCCUGGAGAUGGUUUCCCUUUCUCCAAAUCACUCGAUAAAACACCUUGAUAUUCUCCAUUGCCCCCGACUGAAACAAGAAGAACACAAGCAUCUAAUGGAUCUGUUAUACAUCAUGAUGGACAUAGUCAAGAGGCUUCAAGGCGAUGUGCUUGCUUAUCUGAAACUGAAACAUCCAAGAAACUCAGCGGGACUAGAAAAUUGUUUCGGUCCCUCAAAUCAGUGUUUAGUUGAUCACUACUCUUCCGUUUGAAGCUAGAUGAUGGUGUGUCACACAAAAGAAUCAUUCAAUCAAACCCCUUGACUUUAGCCAUUCCUUUCUCACUUGAGUGACAUAAACACCGAGACAAUGGAAAAGUUGCGUCUUGAGUUCUAUCU